AUGAGACUCUCACGGCGCGGGCUCGGGAAGGCCCAGCCGUCAUUCAUCUUCCUCUUGGUACUGCUGCUCGCCAUUACCGCUCGUGUGGCUGCAGAGCCAGCGGAUGCGAAGUCGACCUCUACUACAACGGAUGCCGCCCAGACCACCACCGCUGAUCCCUCCUCCACCACCUCUAGCGUGACCAGCACCUCGUCCUCCUCUUCAUCGACAUCGACAACGAAGUCCACCUCUAGCACGACUUCUUCCUCGUCUACAACAUCUACGACCAUGUCAACUACGUCGACGACGUCCUCCUCGUCGACUUCCUCUACUUCCUCCACCUCUAGCACAACAUCGUCCGUUUCCACAACAACCGACUCAACAUCCUCAUCUUCAACCUCUACGUCCGGCCCGGUCGUGACCGUCCCUCCUACCGCAAAUGCGCCGUAUAUGCAGACAACGAAUGUCCCGGAGGGUACGGUGUUUAUCGCCGUCGGCGCAAUCCUAGGGUUGAUCGGGCUGGCGGUCCUUGCCUGGCGCGGCAUGGUCGCAUGGUCUGUGAACCGCUCAGUGCGCCGCGCAGCCCUUGCACAAACCUCCGACAAGAAACGACUGGCGCGACGGGGCGGUGGAAGGAAGCGCUCCCACGGAGUCUAUGCGGCUACAGCGGGCAACGAUGUAUCCCUCGAUAAGCUCGGGGCAGCCACUCGCGCAAGCUAUAAGCCCUCGAAGCGAGGUCCCAGCACAAACAGCGGCUUGUUCUUUUCGCCAACCGCCGGCGGUGCUGGAUCGCAUCAUAGUCUCAAUAACGCGGGUAACCGUGGUUCGAGUUACCUGCCCGCCGGGUACUAUGCUGCCGCUGGUACCUCCACGCCAGUAAGGGAUGCGAGCGGGUCGCAGACCAACAUCUACUCCCCCACUGCUGGUCUCUCCUCGCCCACUGCAUUCCAUGCAGGAUCCUCCCCAUCUCUGCCCGCGGUUGGUGGAUACCCCGAGAUGCCGCACACUCGCCAUUCGCAUCUCGGCGCUUCCACCAGCUCCCUGAAUCUCAGCCAGGCACCGCAGGGUCGUGCACCGAGCGCAUAUCUCGAGGAUCUUUUCGAAAGCCAUACAUCACCCCGUCAUUCCGAAUCUGGUCUCGGUCGUCAACCGGACUCUGGUCGGCGAUGA